AUGUCGCAACUACCUCAACUAACCUCGCCCCAUUCGAGGCGAUACGCAAUCAACGUCGAUGCAGUUCAGGAAGAUCAACACGCGCUGUCGCCGAGCGCCCCCACAGGUCUCCUCCCACAAAGCGGUGACAUAGUCAGCGCCAUCAUCGUCGUCCUUCUGCUUAUUCUGGUAGACGCGAGGCAAACAGUAAACAGCAACGCCUUCACAUUGGAUUACGCGCAGUUUUACUUUAGACCGGAGCCAAUUAGUGGCCAACAGCAACAACAACAACGACAACAACAGCAACAUCAGCAGCAAGUGCAGCAGCAAUUGCUCGCUCAACAGCAGCAGCAGCUGCAGAUACAACAGCUGCAACAACAACUGCUGCUGCAACGGCUCGAGCGUGAGUUGCAGCAGCAACAGCACCAACAGCAGCUUGCCCAACAGCAGCAGCAAUUCCUGUACCAUCAGCGACAAUACUACGAGCGCCUGAGCACACCCGGGCGCCAUCGUUGGCUCACCAACAGCAAUCACUACGAUUACAGGCCACUGCAUCAGACGCAUCAGCAGCAGCAACAGCAACAGCAACUGCAGCAGCAGCAACAACAAUACAGCUAUUACUUCAGUCGAGGCAGCAGCAGCAGCGGCAGCGGGCUGGGUUUAGGUCUGGGUUUGGGCUUGGGUUUCGGUCUGGGCAGCAGCAAUUUAGCCAGCUGGUACCAUCUGCCCUCCACGUCGGCGCACAUUUACAUUGGCAGCAGCAGCAGUGGCGGCGCCCCAUAUCCGUAUCGGUUAGGAUACAGUGGCGGGGGCUAUCCUGCAGCAGCGCUGAUUAACUUUGACGCCUCACCCACACCGCUGUUGGGAUCGGACAGCAGUUCGCCGGGUUAUCUGCCACCACUGCCGGCACCGGAACUGCCACCGCCACCACCGGCGCCAAGCGUAGCCACCGACUACUAUUUUAGCAGCAGUCGCAGCCGGAGCAGCAACAAUCGUGCGCCCGCAAUAGUUGCUGCCGAUCCCCCGUUUCAGGAGUACGCAGCGGCAGCAGCAGCAGCAGCAUCAGCAGCAGAGGCAGCCGAAGCAGCAGCAGCAGCUGCAGCAGCAACAGUUGCCUCAGCGGCGGCGGACGAGGAGCUACAAGCUGGCGCCUAUCGCUUCAAGACAACGCCACGCCGGCGCUACGACGCGUACGACAACUACGGCUAUCUGCCGGGCCUUGCCAGCACCACCGAGGACGAGGACGAUCUGCUUGAAGAGUGCCUGCCAGCGGCAUUGCUAUCCACGGACUGUGAAAGUCUCGAGGACGUACGCUUCCUCCAAUACAAUAGCAACCACCAUCCGGAGUUCAACGACUACGACGACGACGAGGAGGCGCAGCUGGCGCACAUACUCGACAUUGAUCUGCCCGAUUUUCUACGCCCUUACAGCAGCAGCAGCGGCGGCGGCGGGAGCAGACACAGCCACAAAACGCCGCCGCAAAACGAAUAUCAAACGGAGCACGGCGCCUCAGCCGGAGCAGGAGCGGGAGCAGGAGAAGGAGGCGGAGGAGCAGGCGGAGCAGGCAGCACCAGUGGCGAUCCAGGGAAUCAGUCACACCGUGAAACGGAACAACAUCGCUAUCACCACUACCAGCAACAGCAGCAGCAGCAGCAGCAACAACAACAACACCAACAGCAACACCAACACCACCAGCACCACCAUCAGCACCACCAGCAGCAGCAACUUCUGCCAGGGCAGCAAUCACAACAGCAACAGGCCUAUCAGUCCUAUCAAUACCCUUCGCACGACAGCUGCGAGGGCUUCAAUCAAUUCGCCAACGACGCCAGCAGCUGUCUGGGCAACCAGAGAAUGAUGGUUAGCAAAUUGUGGAACAGCUGCUUUCCGGAGUUCACGCCGGACCAUGUUCAUCGGCACAACUUCUACGUGUGCCAGUGGCAGCGGAAUACGCAGGUGCGUAUUGUGUAUUUGUUCUAUCGCUGGAUAACAGCGAUAACCUGUUUGGCGGCAUUGGUCUGCUCGCUGCUGGACAUUGGACGGACAGAGGAGCACUUUGAGCACCACUAUGCCAAGUGGUGGAUCUAUCUGACCCACUGGGGACUGCUCUUCUGUACGGUGCAGGCAUGGCUGGCCGCCUGGAUAGUCACCCAGGGCAUGAUGGUGGAGCGUGAGGACUUUGAGAUUGUGCGGCAGGCGAAGAAGAGUCGUCUGCACCACCUGUACUGGGUGCUCUACACCUGUGCUACAGUUUACGCCUUUAUUGUCACAAUGUGCUACUGGCUGCUGGUCCACAAUCCGGACAUCCACAAGAUUGACACACUGAACAUAAUGGUGCACGUGCUGAAUACGAUUAUAAUGCUCAUCGACUUGGCCAUUGUGGGGCAUCCGAUUAAGAUGAGCCACGCCUACUUUACUACAGGCAUUGGACUGGCGUAUGCAAUCUUUACGGGUAUUUAUUUCUUGGCCGGCGGCACAGACAGAAAAAAUCAAACUGCCAUCUAUCCGAUGAUGGACUGGACCAAGCCAGGCAAGGCCAUCAUUGUGACUGCGUGUGCCAUCAUCUUCACGUUCUUUGUGCACUUCUGCUGUUAUCUACUCUAUCGUGGACGCGUCUGGCUCUUCACCAAGCUCUGCAUACGCGGACGCCACAAUCGUGAUGGUGAAAUGGGCGAGGGACUCAACGAUGAUUCUGGAUCGCGCAUGGGUGCUGGCGGUGGUGGUGGUGGUGGUAUCAGUGUUGGAGGUGGUGUCGUUGUCGGUGGUGGUGGUGGUGGUGGAGGCAGCAUUGGUAUUGGUGGCGCAGCUACUAUAGUUGGCGGCGGCGGCAGCAGCCAGGACUAUGCUCAUCAGCAGCAGUAUCCCAUUGCGCAUACGGAGCAACCGCGCCCAAUUUCACAGCAGCCGCCAUCCAGCUACCAGCUGCCUCCACAGUAUUCGGGCUAUCUGCAGCAGCCGGUGGUCGCCGGCGUCAAUGUGGGCGUGGUCAGUGCGGAUGGUGUUUAUCAGCCGAUUGGCACAGAUACGGGACGCACCAGUGGAGGCGGUGCUGGAGUCGGCAGCGGCAGCGGUGUUGAUGGCAUUGGCAAGCACAAGGUCACCGGUUCCGGUUCCGGCUCUGGCAGCGGUUCGGCACUGACACGUACUGUGGCCCAUUUGGAUGCUGCACAGCGGGAGCAGUUCCUCAAUCCCAACAAGAUCGUCGAGUAUAAGAUGUAAAGGCGUUGUACCCGGCACCGGUAUACGUUCCGCUUGUCCAUGAAGUUUCUGGAGAAGCACUGUGCGCAAUGUGAGGCGGCGCGUCUCGCGGUCAGCGAAGAGCAGCGCCAUCUGGCGACGGCAGAAUCUCACGCGCACAGUGGUUAGUUUAAGAUUUGCUUUCGCUGUUUGAUUUCCAAUCCAUCUGCCAGCCACUUACGAUAGAUAGUAUGUAUGCUAGCCUAGUAAGAGCGCUUAGUAUUCGGUAAUUGGUAUUUAGUAUUUGGCACUUGGGCAUUUGGUAUUGUAGCCUGUGUAUUUGGUAUUCGUAGCUGUAAAGUAGUUUCGUAAUUUUGUAAAGCUUUGCCAGUGUAUUUUUUUUAAGGGUUUUUUGUAAGUGUAGCCGCAUUGCCAGCUACAGUAGUAAUUCGUUUUGUGUACCAGCGCGCCCGCCCAGCACGAGCGUUCGCAUAAGCGCAAUAUUUAUCUUUAAACUAUUGAUGUAUGUAGUUGUCGUAUCCUUUAUAGAGUAUAGACAGACUCAUCGAUUUUGAGCAAUUUCAAACAUUUUCAAUGGACUAAGUUGAACAUUCUUAUGUUACAACUACACACACACACACACGCACACACACACGCCCCCUCCC